AUGGUCGAUACGACCCCAAUCUCCAGACGGCGUGACAGAGGUAGAGAGAAUGCUCAGAAAUUCUCUUCAGGAUUGCGGCCGAUAUUUAACACGUCUAGAGUCGAACCUCUCAGUCAUUACUGCGUACGAGAACUGAGACUAUCAAAUGAUAUUUUAGAAAAGCAUCGACGGAAAUUCCUGGAGAACAUCGGGUGGCUUCGGGCUAUUCAGAUGAAGAAUAUCCCAAGAGAAAGGGUAUUAAUACGAGACCCGUAUAUUAUGGGAGGCUGCCACGCACAGAUGACAGGAGCGCUCAAUGGAUUCUCCAGUACCAUUCAGAUCCAGCAUGAUAUCAAUACCAUCCAAUGGAGAGCGAGUAAUCUGGGAAAUGAGAUAGCGAUGACAUUGGUUUUGAUUAAAAGAGAGAGCGGCAGCACAGCUCUGAUGGCUAUGGAAUUGAAGCAGAGCGAAGCUCGCGCGACAGACCAGGACGAAUUUCUUAUAGGGUUUGGGUGUUCUGCAAGGGCUCGCAUUGUUUGA